AUGAGGUUCAGGCUUCCGUACAAGCACGACGAGCUGCCGGUCGAUGAAAACAGCCAGCGACCGGCAGACAAUGAAGCUCCCACGGAGAAAGGGGUGGAGCCCCGUCCUGAAGAGCUCGGCACCACGAACGACGGCGAAAGCGACAUUGUUAAUAAGGAUUUCCAGCGCGGUGUGCAGGCCGCUCAGGCCAUGACGCAGGUGUGGUCAUUUAGCCAUAUUGCCACGGCAUACGUCUUGAUUUGGGUAAUCCACUUUAUCAUGGCUUUUUCGUCAGGCAUGAUCUCAAACCUGACUCCGUUUGUCACCAGCUCUUUCCAAGAGCAUUCCUUGACUGCUACAACAGGAAUCAUCUCAAAUCUGGCCCCUGGCCUGGUCAAACUUCCAUAUGCCAAGUUGAUGGAUAUUUGGGGACGCCCUCAGGGUUUUGCGAUCAUGGUCGGUAGCAUCACCAUAGGCUUGAUCAUGAUGGCGGGUUGCAACAACGUGGAGACGUACUGCGCCGCCCAGGUCUUUUACUGGGUUGGUUACAAUUGCCUUGACUUUACGAUGACUAUCUUCAUUGCAGAUACCUCGAAACUGAAAAAUCGAGCAUUUUGGAUUGCAUUCGUUGCCUCUCCUUAUAUCGUUACCGUCUGGGCCUACGGCCCCGCAACGCAGAGCGCCCUCAAAACCAUUGGUUUCAGAUGGGGAUUCGGUAUUUGGGCAAUCGUGUUGCCGGUGGCCUGUUCACCUCUGUUCUUCUUAUUCUACUACAAUCAGCGGAAGGCCGAGAAGAUGGGCCUGGUUCCCAAGCAUGAAUCAAACCGCACUCCCCUCCAGUCCGUUGUCCAUUACGUCAAGGAGUUCGAUCUCAUCGGCAUCUUUGUCUUUGCACUUGGUCUGGCACUCUUCCUUCUAGCCUUUAACCUGUAUACCAGGCAGCCAGACCAAUGGCGCUCGCCACUGAUUAUUUGCUUCCUGGUCAUUGGUGGACUUCUUAUCAUUGGGUUCAUAUUCUACGAAAAGUAUCUUGCUCCCGUCACCUUUAUCCCGUGGGAGUUGCUGAAAAACCGCACCGUCAUCUUCACCUACACCAUGGCGGCAAGUAUCUACAUUGCGUGGUACGUAUGGGACAAUUACUUUUACUCCAUGUUGCUGGUUGUCUACAACCAGAACAUCACACAAGCCUCCUACAUCAGCAACAUCUACACAGUAGGAUCAUCCUUCUGGGCUCUCGUAAUGGGUAUCGUCGUGCGCUAUAACGGACGCCUCAAAUGGCAAGCCCUCUAUUUCGGCGUCCCCAUGAGCAUCCUCGGAGUUGCCCUAAUGAUCCAUUUCCGCCACCCAGGCGUCGAUAUCGGCUACAUUGUCAUGUGCCAGAUCUUCAUCGCGUUCGGCGGCGGCACCCUCGUCAUCUGCGAGCAAAUGACCGUCAUGGCCGUCUCGCGUCAGCAGGACAUUCCCGCUGUCCUUGCGGCCGAGGGCAUGUUUAUCAGCGUCGGCUCUGCCAUUGGAUCCUCUAUCGCCGGCGCCAUGUGGACCGGUAUUUUCCCCAAGAAGUUGCAGGAGAAUCUCCCGGCCGAGGCCAUGUCCAACUUCGCGGCGAUCUACGGAGACGUCGAGACGCAGUACGGGUAUCCUGUUGGAAGCCCCGAGCGUGAUGCCAUCAACCUGUCAUACAGUCAGACGCAACGGCUGAUGCUGAUCACGGCCACCUGCCUCUACGCUGUCACCUUAGUGUCCGUGAUGAUGUGGAAGAAUGUGAAUGUUAAGAAGAUCAACCAAGUCAAGGGCCGUGUUUUCUAA